UUCAUGGAAAACGCAGUUGUUUCUCUCGAAAAAUAUCGCCAUAGCGUACUGAACCAAGGCCCCAAGUCGUUAAAAACCAAAGUGUAUGGUGCAAGCACAUACAUCCAAACUGCCGCCAUUUUGUAAAACGACCACAACUUUUUAAUCACCAGGGUAGAGAGGGGAACAGAAGUUGCCUACUACUGUAAACACAGGUAUGGUGAGUACAAAUCCGCGUGAAAUUCUUUACUCAGUCGUAUCCUUAAGCCUAACUUCACUGUUUUAGUGCGUCAUUGUACAGAACCAUCUAAUUCUAUAUGAUAGGACUAGGUAUUGAAGGGUAGAAUAGCCUGAAAAUGGACAUAUAUAAAGGGCGAAAGACUUGACAUGCAAGUAUUGAAGUAUAUGUCGUGUUGCUUCGUUCGCGGUAUUUCAUCGCUGUCUAUUCCAAGAUACGAUCUUAAAUGCUCAGCGAACAAGGGAACUGAUUAACGCAGGGACAAAAUGACCGUUUACAUUUCGCUGGAAAGAAGUAUGGCUUCCACCGUGCGUAGCAUAUCGCAUUUGACAAGAACAGAGCUUGUGAACGAAAAAUUAAAAUUUAGUGUGACCUCAAACUUCCCCGAUUUAGUCGCGUCACGCAAAGCUAUUUUAGGAAAUACCUGGAAGUGAAACCCGAAAUAAUUAAUAGCGUUUAUCUGGGAAUGAAGCUAUGCAAAUUUGGCCAACCAAGAUUUUUUAAGACAAAGGUAAAAGGAAAAAUUUUCUUCUUGACCCACCUACGAUAAUAAUACUAGUAACCUCGAAGCAGGUUUUAAUCUCUCCUGUCAGGAUGUCGAAUACACAAGGACCCACAGUCGUGACAAGGGUGAUUCCAAUCCCCAAAGACAAAGUUGGACAUGUCAUAGGAAGGAGAGGAUCAAGAAUAAGGGAAAUCAGAGAGCAAACCGGAGUCCAGCUAUCAAUUAAUAAAGAAAAUCAAGCGCUCUUGAGAGGCACGGCAGAACAAUGUCAAAAUGCGGAAAAGAUAAUAAAGGAAAUCGUGACGGUAAGAGCUCAUUAGUGGGAAAAGGAAGUUGAGUGUCUGUAUCUAACUCAUUGUCAAUUGAUCCAUCAAAUCGCCUGCCUGUUCUAGAUACUGUACACUGGAUGCUUUUGUUCUAUAUUAAAAAGCAAAAUUAAAUCAAAGAAAUAAGAGGGUAAUAGAUCCCUCACAGAAAAUAUCGAUAUCUACGUCGAGAGGUUUGACUGUAAAACUCUAAUAGAGCCACUCUUUUUUCGGUAUUUAGAUUUUUAUUGCUUUGAAAGUGGGUUUUUAUUAAAUAUAAAUGUUAAAUUGGUAUGGAAUGAGGUGGCCAUCUUACCUCAAGUUUUCCUCAGCCUGCUGCUUUUAAACUCUCUUGAUCCGCCGCUUUGAACUUCCCUUAAUUUCAUAUUUAAUUUCAUUCCCUUAUUUGCUUAAAUAUAUCAUUUUAAACACUUUUAUAUAGUUGUAAGUUUAAAGACCUUAUUCGCAAUUUAAUCUAGUUUUAUAAGUUUAAUAGUUCUAUAAUUUUAUGCAGUUCCAUAAUACCACAUAAUUUUAAACACUUUUAUAUAACUACUUGGUUUAUUUAUUUAUCUUUUCUUUCGUGUAAACUAGCUCUAUAUAGCUAAGUGUUAGCCACGUUCAUAAAGUAUGUAUGUAUGUAUUCAUUAGUUACCCACCAUUCAAAUAUCACAGAUUACAUAUGUUAAAUAUAUGAAUUCUCAAGAAUUUCAAAGCUUGUGUGUAUUCUCGCCCUAGGUUUCUUUUUAAAUCUAAAUACGGUUAUGUCUUUAUUCUGAUCCGCAGGGUGCUCAAGACAGCGAAAAAGGCGGGUUUAAGAAACUCCAAGUUGACAUACCUGACAAAUUCAUGGGCGUCGUCAUCGGAAAAGGGUAUGAGAAGUUGAACAAUAUCUCAACUAGGACUGGCGUAACUCUAAAAGCCUUCAGGGGCAGCCCCGGCCUGUACUUCAAAGGAUCAAGAGAGGGCGAAAAAAAAGCAAUAAGAGAAAUAAAGGCCAUUGUGGUAAGUGUGAAUUGGUUUCCCUGUGUCAUCAUUCUUUCUUCUGAUUGGCUGUCGUGACUAUGUUAGUUUUGGUUUUACGACACAGGAUCCAAAUCCACCCAGAAGACCUCUUUCAUAAUGGCAGGCAUAAUUAUCAGUCUUUGGUGCGCAAGUAAAAAAAGGGUCAGAACAUAAUUUUAACCUCCCCCUAGAGAAAAAAUUCUAUCGAUGUUUUCCACAUGUUGCCAAGGUCAUGGAGGCUAAUUUUCAUAAAUGUAAUAGAAUGCAUAGGAGACUACCCCUUUUAUGAAAGAUAUCUUUAGGCCUCGUAACAAAGGUAAUGCCUCUUCAAAUUAUCUUGAAACUUAAGGUAUGCUCACCUCUUGUGCUACUUGAAUGUCUUGGUGAAGAACGAGUGAGGAUUUCAGCAUGGGGGGUUACCUUUGCGACAUGACAUCACACCUUCCUCUGGGACCUAAAAACGAAAGC